CUGCAGCCUUGGCUUGUCGCUGUACAGGCGAUGAAUGAAUUGCGGACUGUGCAGGAGUCAGGUCAGCUUUUUAAAUGAGUUAGGGGAUUCAAGGGGGGCGGUAGCUGUUUGGAUAAGAUUUCUGCAUGCAUUUUUAAAAAAAAAACAAAAUAGAGGUGUGUGAAAGUCUGUGUUUUCCCUGAUGGAGAAAGCGGAUAAAAGAUGUGCGAAACAGUAGUGGAGAUUCCUGUCGCUCUCAGCAAGACAAUGGCUAUUAAAUUUAGGACAUCUUGUGGCGAGUGGCUUUUAAAGUGCUUCUAAUCACCCGUCGAAGCAGCAGCAAGAGAGUGGCUUUGGUAAUGAGCGCCACACUUUGCCAGGUGUCCACGGUGUCCCCUCUGCGCCUGUGAGAAGGAAUGAUGGCUCUCAUAGUCGUCCCGCUGCUUCUGCACACAGGGAUCGUUUGGGGAUCAAACUACGGUUAUGUUGAGUGGUCGGAUAAUGACCGAGAUGAUAAACAUCCACCGGUCUACACCACUCAAAACAUAAACAGGGAGCCGCCCCACCACCCGACCUACUAUCCCGUUCCUGCAACCGAACGCACGGUGGUUGCGCACAAAAUCGAGGAGGACUUGCCCAGAGUAGUGACGGCUUUCCUACACACCGGGGACUCCUCGGCGCUGAGGCAGGUCAACUGUUCACGGAGGUACGUGCUGAGCAGCCUGCGAGGUGGCCUCCACGUCGCCUCCCACUACUCGCUGCACAGUAUCUUGGACACCGUGGCGCACGCCACCAACUUCCUGAAUAUGAUCCUGCAAGCCAACAGGUCCCGCGAGCAAACCAUUCGCAGGGACAUCCACUGGUACCACGCGCUGGUCCAGAGCAUUCUCGAGGGGGAUCCCAAAAUCCACAGGGCAGUGGUGACUCUACACACGGACGCGCAAACCCGUGCCCCCCACGUUUUUCUCCAGGCGACGAGGACCGAGAAUGAAGUGGUGUUACAAGACUUGUCCAACUCUGCACACCGUCAACUGAACAGCAGGGGUCCAGAGACUGAUUGGUUUAAUGACUUCAGGGACGGCAGAAAGUCUCAUGUGCACAGAAGAGUUCCAGAGAAACCUGGUUCCCAUAGCGAAAACUACCUUCUGAACAAAAACCAAAUCAAGUGGUCGGCACCGUACCUGGAGUGUGAACACGGGGCGUUUGUGCCUUACUGGCUCCUCACCUUGUCUGCUGGCUUCUACGGACUGAAGAGCAACUCGGCGCCAGAGUUCAGGGGUGUUGUUCGUGUGGAUGUGAACCUACAGGACGUGGACAUUGAUCAGUGCUCCAAGAGCGGCUGGUUUGCCGGGACUCAUCGCUGUAAUCUCACGAGUAUGGAGUGCACCCCCAUCGGAGGUCAUGGAUUUGUGCUGGACAAGUACAAGUGCCAGUGCAGGACAGGAUUUUACCAUCCAAGCCGAGUGGCACUCAAUGGCUUUAAAAGUAAGGAGCAGAGCUCUAACAGAGACGAGACCUCAGACAUGUCCAACAAGUGCCUGCCGUGCCGUGAGGGAUGCCCCUUCUGUCAGGACGACACACCCUGCUUGGUGCAGGAGGAUGGUGCUCUACGACUUGCUGUGGCCUCCUUCCAGGGUCUGUGCAUGAUGCUGGACCUGGUGAGCAUGGUGGUGGUUUACCACUUCAGGAGGAGAAAGAGCAUCCGUACGUCUGGACUCAUUCUGCUGGAAGCCAUCUUGUUUGGGGCAUUGCUGCUCUACUUCCCAGUGAUGAUCCUAUACUUCAAUCCCAGUGUGUUCCGAUGUGUCCUCCUGAGGUGGGUUCGCCUCCUGGGCUUCGCCAUAAUGUACGGCACCAUCAUCCUCAAGCUGUACAGGGUGUUGAAGGUGUUUCUGUCCCGCACGGCUCAGAGGACGCCGUACAUGACCAGCUGGCGGGUCCUGCGGCUGCUGGCAGUGAUUCUGUUGGUGGUGUUGUGGUUCCUGGUGGCCUGGACCUCGACUGUAUGUCAGAACCCAGAACUGAGUCGGGCUCUCAUCGCCGCCGGCCUUACUCCAGAGGGAAUGCAGUUCAGCAUGUGUCUGUUGGACCGGUGGGACUACAUGAUGGCAGUCGCCGAGUCCCUGUUCCUGCUGUGGGGCGUCUACCUGUGCUACGCCGUCCGCACCGUUCCCUCCGCUUUCCACGAGCCACGCUACAUCGCUGUGGCCAUCUACAAUGAGCUCCUCAUAUCAGCCAUCUUCCACAUCAUCAGGUUCUCCCUGGUGCAAGGACUGCACCCCGACUGGAUGCUCAUGUUGUUCUUCGCUCACACUCACCUGACUGUGACCGUGGCUCUGGGCCUGCUGCUGGUUCCAAAGUUUCUGUCUAAAGGCACUCAGGCCAGGGAUGAUAUUGCCACAGAGGCCUAUGAGGAGGAGCUAGACAUGGGAAGAUCUGGUUCUUACCUCAACAACAGCAUCACCUCAGCCUGGAGCGAGCACAGCUUGGACCCUGAGGAUAUACGGGAUGAGCUGAAGAAACUCUAUGCCCAGCUGGAAGUCUACAAGCGAAAGAAGAUGCUCACCAAUAAUCCCCACCUUCAAAAGAAGCGCAACUCAAAGAAAGGCCUUGGUCGCACACUGAUGAAGCGGAUAACCGAGAUCCCAGAGACCAUGCACUUACAUCGCCAAUGCAGCCGUGACGACGGUAGCGAACAUGGCAGCAACCGCAGCACCUUAAGAAGAAACCCAUUUGAGCCAAGUCAUCACGGAAAACCUCGAGAUGACUCCCUGAGGAACAAAGUCAUGGGUCUGACAAAAUCACUCAGUUACGACCAUGUUUGUGACCAAGAUGCAGAAACUGGAAGUCAAACGGGUUCAGUUCCAGGAGACAAAACGACUCCCAUCGAAACCGGCGGGGAGGGAUCUCUUCUGGGCUCUCUCAUUGGCCGCAGACAUGCCAAGAAGCAGCUGGAACCAGCUGGAACGCCACCAAAGCUGGAACCAGCCGAGUCCACUGAGUCCGUUCCACUCUUCUGGAAAUCAGCCAGCGCUCACAACUUAACACAUGAGAAAAAACCCGUACAUCUGCGGACCUCCAUCAUGCAGAAGUCUCUAAGCGUAAUCGCAAGUGCCAAGGAGAAGAUGCCAGGACUCGCCAACAAAACUCAAAGUGUGGAUGAUGCCAGUAAGAAGGGUCAGAAGGGACAGGAGGGGAGAGUUCUAUCAGAGGUGGACGAGACACCUGAACAUUUCCCCAAGAUGAUCAUUAGCCAGUCAGUGGAGUACUCCAAGACUCCCAUGAAGAUGGGCAUAAUGAAACAACAGGUGAGCGGCAGCCAGCCGUCCAUUUGCUCUGAGACUGCAAGGAAUCUUUACGAUGUGUCUGAGGUUUGUCCCUGGGAGAUGGAAGAAGCUCAGACUCCCUCUGAGGCAAAGACCCAGAAGCAUGUUUCCAUUGCUCCUGAAGAAACCACCACGGGCCGUAGAGGCAGCAGCAGCUCAGUAACCUCCAAAGUCAGUCGGUCCCAGAGGCAGAAAAUGGGGCAGUCUCCUUCCAACAAGCGUCGUUCCAAAGAUAAAGGAGGCGAAAGGGAGGAAGGAAGGGAAAUGCGAAAAUCUCGGCCACCCAGUUCACCUCUCCCUCUCAAACCAGAUGUGUGCCCCUGGGAAUUUGAUGAGCAGCCUAUGCUGGGAGGAGAUUCAGAUUCCAUCUCUCCUGAGAGGGUCAGGAGGAAGAAAAGCGUCACACCCACUGAUGGGAAACCUAAAGGGCUCCACUCAGACCACUCCAAGUCCACAGGGAGCCUCCUACAGCCUCCCUCUCUGAUGGUGGAAAUUUGCCCGUGGGAUUACUCCAGCCCACCUUCACCCAAGCAGGAGAAGUCCUGCAACAGUCCAACCACUCACAAGAAGAAACGGAAAGGCUCUUCAUCUUCCAACCACAGGUCAGAGAAGGAGAAAGGCCGGGAGAAGAGCAGAGAGAGGCGGAGCUCGUCCAGCAAGCCGCCAUCAGAGAGGAGGCGGGUUAGUCAGACGUCAGAGUGCGGCGGAUAUGUUUCAGAGCGGCGGAGGAGCUCAACAAGAGACGCAGAAGCAACAGAGAUCAGGAGGUCGGAGGUCUUCUCGCGGGAGGCAGAUCACUCACGCAGCAGCUCAGCUCAGACUAAAAAAUCACCAGAGAAGAAGAAAGAGAGCUCAACUCGCUCUGCUUCCAAACCUGCAGUCUUCAGCAGUGCAAAAGUGGUUGAUGUCUGCCCUUGGGACUUUCCAGAGCAAAAUACAGGGGAGAGGGCGUGAUGACUGCUGUGAUGAUUUCAUCUUUUUUGUAUUUCACUGAGUGAGAGCACAGAGAACAAAAAUGCAAAGAUAUGGAAGAAAGAAAGAGAGCUUUUAUCUGGGUCACCUCAGUAAAAAAGAUAGGAAGUAAGAACCAUUUAUUCUGCCAUCCAGACAUAACUUACUCGCCAAACAGCAAAUCGUUACAGUGAACAUAAUCUUGAGGUCACUUUCAAAGACUUUUUUAUGCACUUUUGCUUGCACAUUUGUCAAAGUUAUACUGUUUGUAAGUUUUAUCACAUUUAAUACAUCAUUGAGAUUUGUAAAAGAUUCAUACUUGUGUUAACCAGCAGAGUAGACAAUCAUUCAUCCAAAAGAAGAAAAAUAAAUGAAACAAUCCAGUGAGUUGUGCUAUGCUGCCUACUCUACGUCAAGCAGGAAGUCAGUGGAGACUUGCAGCUGUAAUCAGAAAUAUUUAACCCCGUCACCUCAAACGACAUCAUUGUGAUGUGGAUUAAAGAUAAUGACAGUAAAUGUCUUACUCAAUCCCCAGCUUCAGUACUUUGAUGAGCAGUACUUUUAUAACUUCUAACAAAUCUUUUCAGUAAGUGGCAAGUUUCUUGGCUCAGUCUUCAUGUGCAAAAGCCUGUAGUUCAGUUCUUUGCUGAAACCGCCCUCUCUAAAGUUAUACAUAACUUUCUAACCUUAUUACUCUGUGCUUCUGCCUCAUUGUGAUGGCAGACUGACAUUCCUUGGCUGAUUCAUCAAAGAACUACAAGAAGAUGUGGGAAGAAAUGACGAAAAGAAAGGGAAAAAGUGGCAGAGCAAGAGUUAAGACAACUUUUAGAGCCUAAAGAUAGCUCAGAGAAGAGACAGGAUACACGGCAGAUGCUGAAUUAGCUGUUGUUAGGGGCCCCUCAGUGAGGAAAUCUGUAAAACUUCAUUAGAGGGACUUUA